ACACAUACUCAUUUUGGCCUCUUUGGCUCUCUCUCAAUGCUCAUUUUCUCCAUCAAUAUACGCAAUAAUUAAUGGGGUGUGGCGCUUCAAGUUAUGAUGCCAAUGGCGUCGCUUCCCCAGCCAGGCUCCGCCCCUUCUUCCUCUACAAGUUGGAGGCUUUUGCAUUACGCAGGCAUUCCCAGGCUCCGUUGACGGACCCUAUUUCGACUUGUGAUAAUUCCAAGAAAGUAUUGCUUAUGCAUGAUAGUAUAGGGGAUGGAUUAAGUGCUUCUAAGUUCUUUGAUGCUCGAAAAAGCACGUCGGAAGAGGCUCCGGCCAAGGAAAAGACUAACAAGAUUGGGGAUGAAUUGACGGAUGGAGAGUUUGAGGAUGUAGAAGAGGAAGAUUAUGAUGAGAGAAUGCUAAGGAAUGACGGUCCAGGUUCACCCAGUUUCCGGGUAUAUAUCAGAGAUGACAACAACUAUGUUACUAGUGAUUCCUUCGAAGAUGUGGUUUCAUCAAAGGAGUCGGGCGAAAGUAAUGACGAGUCUCUAAGCAACGAGAAGAUAGUGAAGAAAGGAAGGAAAGUAAGGAGUUUUAAAAAAGUGUUGCCAAAGGGAGGACAAAUAGUAGUCAAGAAUCUAUUGAAUGUUAAAUCCUGCUAUAAUUCAUCCAACUCUGCAAAUCAUCGCGCUCAUCUUCUUCAUCAGAGGGAAACUGCUUGAUCGAUCAUACCUGAUGUUUAGUAAAAAUUGUUUGCUUCAUUUUAUUUAUUCCUUUCUUUAUUCGUAGUGCCUUUAAUUCUUCUCCAAGGGUAAGUUGAGUUUGGAAAGAAAUAUUUGAAGUAUGGAAGGUUGAAUAGUACUCAAUUAUAGGGAAAUUUCACCUGACGUAUUAUACUUUAGAUUUGUGGGUAUUUUAACUGGAAUCGAAUCUUUUGAACGAGAAAAAACUAAGAAUUGGAGCCGAAAAUCGAUCGAAUCUCGGUUCUUGAUUUGAAAAUGUGAUACCCGACUUUGGAACCAAACUUGUCUGUUUUUAUAUAAGUUUUUAACAUUUUAGAAUCUAGUAUUUUCAUAUUGUUAAUUUUCAAUUUUUAAUUUUUGGUCUAUUCUUUGGGUAUGUUUACACUAUGUUAGAUAUUAG